CACGUAUCGCGGCUCAAUACUCAGUCACGCCACCCGGUAGUGAGCAGAUAUAGACGAAGGAAUGGAAGAAAAUUGUUUGCAGUACACAGCAUACUUAGGUCGCUCCCACAGUCACUAAGUUUCCAGCUGCAACUGUGAGAUAAUCAAACUUUCAAGAUGAAGCUCAAUCCCCUCAGUCUGUUCGUUGUUGGCUGUCUCGGUGGACUGGCCACAGCAACGCCUCAACAGCAUGCCUUACCAUCGCGACCAACCCUAAAAGCGGCACCAUUUGACACCGGAAAAGCAUUCCCGCACUCGCCCCCUCGAAAUCCCAAACGCCGUUGCUUCGUCGAACCGGGAAAAAAAGAGCCUCGUGACGAUGCUCGUGCGAUCUACAAAGCCUUCGAAAAAUGCAACAACGGCGGCACAAUCAUCCUAGACGACAUAUACCACAUAAAGUCUCCGUUAGACCUCACUUUUCUCCAGCAUAUUGAUGUUGUACUCACCGGCGAGCUUCAUUUCGAUGACGAUGUGUAUCAUUGGGCGGAGCACAGCUUUAAAUACGAUUUCCAGAAUCAGUCUGUGUUCUGGAAAUGGGGUGGGAAAGACGUAAAUAUUUACGGUGAUUUGAGCAAGGAAGGAAGUCUGAUUGAUGGACAUGGCGAAGCGUACUGGCUGGAGACACUCACCAACAAAAGUUUACGAAGGCCAAUGCUUUUCGCUUUCGAUGGUAUGGAGGGAGCAACAAUGUCGCAUAUCCGGAUGCGGAACCCACCGAACUGGUUCAACAUUAUCGCCAAUUCCUCUGACAUUCUUAUAAGCAACAUGGACCUCAGAGCCGAAAGCCGUAACAAAACGAAAAUAGCCAAUUCCGACGGAUGGGACACUUUUCGCGCUAAUCGAUUAGUCAUCCAAGACUCGGUCAUUGUGAAUACAGACGACUGCGUAUCCUUCAAACCCAACAGCACCAAUGUCGUUAUCCAAAACCUCGAUUGCACUGGCUCGCAUGGCAUCAGCGUUGGCUCUCUGGGCCAGUAUGCGAACGUAACUGACAUCGUCGAGAACCUGUACAUCUACAAUGUUUCUCUCGCCAAUUCCAGCGAUGGUGCUCGCAUCAAGGUGUGGCCUGGCAUCGAAACCAGUUUCCAGACGUUGCUGAACGGCGGCGGUGGACUAGGCAGGGUCAAGAACGUAACAUACGAUCUGUUCAGAAACGUGAACAAUGACCGAGCUAUUACGAUCACGCAAUGCUACGGACAAAAGAAUCAGAGCCUAUGCUACGAGCAUCCUGCAAACUUGACUAUCGAAGAUAUUCUGAUAAAGAACAUGUAUGGCACGACUUCCAAGUCGCGCGACCCACAGGCUGGAACUCUGAUUUGCAGCGCACCAGAUCGCUGCAGCAACAUUCGAGCGGAAAACGUUACAGUCCAGGUACCUAGCGGCAAGGCACCUGUUUAUGCGUGUAGGAACGUAGACGAGAGCUUGUUAGGAUUCGAUUGCGUUGCUCCCGAAGGGGAGAGGGAUCUUGGCCAGGGGUAAUGACUCUGCGGAUAGAACCAGUAUACCGCCUGUCGGCAUAUAUGUUUGGAGUGCCACGGAUUGGGCAAGCAUCUCAAGAAGCUUGGUUGUUGGAAAACAUACAUAAAUGGUCAUGUAUGUGAUUACGAUAUUCAAGUAAUACACGUGCUCGUCCCUUGCUGGCCAAAAUUCAAGCUUGCCUACAGUAGCAAUUAAGUCGUAGAGAAGUCCAUCGAUCGGAAUGUCACGUGUUAAUUUGCAACAGUAUCUCGG